AGGCAAAAAUAUUUAAUUAUGACAUCCUUCCCGCGCCAUAGUUCCUCGCUAAAUUUUAUUUGUGAAUGAGCAGGUUGGGAACUAGCCUGAGUUUCCUGGCUGUCAGUGUCUGCAGCGGGGUAGAGACAUUCUGACAAAAUCAGUCUAAUGUCAGGGACAGAGCUUUAUAGGCUAAGAGUUUGGGACUCAACUGGUACCAUAUAUGGUUUGCUGUAGGAAUUUUUCCAUCAGUCAUGGAGGAAAGAAUGAUGUCAAAAGACAUUCAAUGGCGACUGUGCACAAAUCAAAUGAGAAAUCUGGUGGAGCAUCAGAGACCAUGGCCUCCUUCAUGGCAACACAGAUUGAAGACCCAGAUGUCAUUAAUGCUGCACGCAUUUUUGCCAAUUUCAUUCGUGAUAACAACUUGUCCUACGAAACUGCUGACCAUUUUUCUAAGCUAUGCAAACAGAUGUUUCCUGAUAGCAUGAUCGCUCAGAAAGACUGGAGCCGACGUGCUGUUAGAAUGGCGUCUGAUCUUGCCAGUACAAAGAGGGUAUGGAGAUCUGCUGAUGCAGUUUGUUUUGAUGUAGACUCCACACUACUAAGGGAUGAAGCUCUUGAUGAGUUGGCAAAGUUCUGUGGUGUUGGAAAGGAGGUUCAAGAAUGGACAAACAGGGCCAUGGGAGGAGGUGUUUCAUUUAGAAUGGCUCUAACAGAGAGGCUGAACAUUGUCAAACCUUCACGAAAAAACUUGGCAGACUUUCUGGAACAACAUACUCCAGAUUUUUCCCCACGUAUCAAGGAGCUGAUUGGUUUGCUACAGGAGAGGAAUGUUGCUGUGUAUCUUGUGUCAGGUGGAAUGACCACCAUCAUAGAGCCUGCUGCCGAGAUCCUCUCUAUUCCUUUUGAGAACAUAUAUGCCAAUAAACUCAAGUUUUACUUUCAUGGUGACUAUGCAGGUUUUGAUAAAGACCAACCAACCUCAGAAUCUGGUGGGAAAAAGGUUGUAGUUCAGAGGUUAAAGGAGAAAUUUGGGUAUAAAAACCUUGUGAUGAUUGGAGAUGGUGCUACUGACAUGGAGGCGUGUCCACCUGCUGAUGCUUUUAUAGGCUAUGGGGGAAAUGUUGUGCGAGAGAAAGUCCAGAAGGGAGCAGUGUGGUUUGUGACGGACUUCCAGGAACUUAUAUGGGAACUCAACAGUACUGAAAAUAGUUGAUUCCAUUUUAGGAUUUUAGGAAUUUUAAAACUCAACGUGUUCUGGCAUUGUUUGCUACACACACAAAAAAUCAGAUCUGUAUAUUCACUGGCUUUUGUGUGGUUGUAUGGAUUGGAGAAGAUAUAUUUUUUCAUUGUUACACUUUAUAUGGAAAUCAUGUGAAUAAACUUUUCAUGUUUGUACUACCUACCUGGGACUUGUUGCCAUGUAACACACUGGUGUAGUGGACACAGUGGUACAACGUGACAUUAACUUCAGUGGUACAGCGCUCCAUUAACUUCAGUGGUUCAGCAAGCCCUUAACUGCACAGUGGUUCAGCAAGCCAUUAACUUUAGUGGUUCAGCAAGCCAUUAACUUUAGUGGUACAAAGUGACAUUAACUUUCACAGUGGUUCAGUCAGCCAUUAACUGCACAGUGGUUCAGCAAGCCAUUAACUUCUCAUAGAACUUAAAAAAGAAUUAAAUAUCAACUUCUUUAUUAUUUUUUCUAGAUAUUUUAUUCUUUGAGCACAUUUUGAUAUAUGUUUUAUAUUUUCCUUCUGAACAAUAUGGUUCUUCAUGCAGUAAAAGUGCUUUCAUGUUAAUGAUGAUUCCGUCGUGAUAAUAUAUAACACAUUGUAUAAAUAUAAUUGCAUGUACUUCAAUACACAUACAUGUAGGACUGGAGAGGAAUAUCAUUGUUGGAGAUAAAGAAGGAUGUGCCAGUUCUGGGGAGUUCUGAAUAGAGAAAGUAUAGGUAAACUCAUAAAAUCCUUCUCCUUCAGUGUUGAUAAAGGGAUUGAAUCCAAAUUUGAUAAUUGGAUGAAAAACAUACCGGUACUUUUGUGAGUACAUUGUGUAACUGUAGAGAGUAGGAUGAAGGCCAGUAUGAAAAUUAAAGGUAAAUCUUGCCCCACACUUGGCGCUUUAUUCUUUACUCUAACAGAACACUUACUUUAGUCUGCGAGAGGAAGCAAUAGGUGGAGUUGUGUACAUGUAAUGAUAAUAAGUUCUGUUGUAUAUACAAAUGUACUGCCACAUCAUAGCAAUAUAACCAUCUCAAAGUGGCUCACAAAUUAUCUCUGCUUAUUGGACCUUAAGCUACCAGACAACAUCUCAAUUCCCUGGGCAACAUGCAGCCAUGGUUGCCAUUUGGUGAAAACAGCUUGCACCCUACAUUCCAUUCGGUGCCUCUUUGUGGUCAUCCUCAGUAUGUAUGAACAGUUUGGUUGAGAAUUUUACAUGGCCAUGGUAUGAUUUAUUUUUAGAUUAAGACUACAUUACAGUGAUUAAAUUUUAUUUGCAAUUUUCAGAUGAUCUUAAUACAUAUGCACUUGUUUUUUUUUUUUUUUAAUAUGACUUCCCAGCAAUUAAAAGUAAAUCAUAUUGCAA